ACAUUCCCUUGGGGCUGGUGUGGUGGCAUUGAUGACGCUAGUGGUGCUUCAGAAUCUGAGUAAAUUAGGAACUGAGAGGAAGAAGAUUAGAUGCUAUGCUACGGCUCCUGCUAGAUGCAUGUCACUGAAUCUGGCUGUGAGGUAUGCAGAUGUUAUCAACUCUGUUGUACUUCAGGAUGAUUUCUUACCUCGGAUAACAACUGCUUUGGAUAACUUGUUCAAAUCACUUUUCUGUUUGCCAUGUUUUCUUUGCACAAUGUGCUUGAAGGAGACAUGCACACUGGAACAGAAGAUGCUUACUGAUCCAAAGAGAUUAUAUGCACCUGGCCGUCUCUAUCACAUUGUUGAACGAAAGCCCUUCAGAUUUGAAAGGUUUCCGCCAGUGGUGAAAACAGCGGUUCCUGUGGAUGGGCGGUUUGAGCACAUAGUUCUUUCUUGCAAUGUUACUUCUGACCAUGCCAUAAUUUGGAUAGAGAGAGAAGCACAAAAGGCUUUUGAUUUAAUGGUUGAGAACGACAGAAUUAUGGAAGUUCCGGCAAAGCAGAGGAUGGAGCGACAAGUUUCCCUUGUUCGUGAACACAGCCAGGAGCACAAGGCAGCUCUUCGGAGAGCUGUAGCUUUGAAUAUCCCACAUGCCUACUCUGAUUCGCAGUAUGGCACGUUUGCAUUCAUUGAAACUUUAGAGGGGGAGAAUUCUGGAGGAUUGAGUGGGGGAACUCCUUGUAAGGCAUCAUUCAAGAAAAGGAGGGAAAGCUGGGAUAAUUUCGUCGAGCGGCUUUUCGAUGUUGAUGAGUCCGGUGACAUGGUGUUCAAGAAGUAAUAACCACGCCGAGAAAAGUAAUUCUUUGAUUCUUGUGAAGCAUCCUCCAUUGGGAAGUUCAUGAUUGUGUUUAGAUUGAUGUUGGUGAGAGGGAAUGAGAGGCAGUACAUGAAAGUGAAGCUGUGCAUAAAACGUUGCGCUGCCAUGUCAUCGCUGAUCGUAUAAAAACCUCAAUGAUUAUAUUGAAGUCAUCUGUGCUCAA